CUACACCUAUCAGAGCAUUGUUUACAUGACUAUGUACAGUACACACAUGUCAACCUAAGAUGGGUAGUGAAGAGAGCAGAGAGGUGUCAGGGGAGACUAUACAGAGCCAGGGAGAUGGUUCACUGUGGAGUGUGGUGUUGACAGGCAAGGAAGGAGGGGAGACUGAAGCUGAGGGUGACUAUGAGGUAGGGGAGGGUUGCUGUGUGUUCAGCAGGACACCGGGCAGUGGUAGUGAAGGGAUCUACUGCAAGACAGGAGUGGAGCAUCUACGGCUGCUAAGACAUCCCAACAUUCUUAAAUACAUUGGCUCGGAGGUCUCCAUGGAUACCAUCACCAUGGUAACAGAGCCUGUGUUCCCGGUGCUAUAUGUGCUGAGUGAUGCUAGUCUGGAGUGUGUAGUGAUGGGGUGGAGGGGGCUGGCUAACGGGCUCACCUUCCUCCACACAAAGGCAGGGCUGUCACACAACAACCUGAGCCUGAUGUGUGUGUACGCAAGCACUGGUAAUAGUCAGUGGAAGGUGGGCGGACUGGAGCUAGCUAUCAAGCACUCUCGUAUUGACCAUAAGUUCAUUUCUGCUGUGGCUCCACUGCGUUAUAAGAAAGCCAUCCCUCCCGAGGAUAACACUGAAGCCACACCCACUACACCACACCCCCCUCACGCUCGUGACGUAUGGGCCUUUGCUCAUCUCAUCCUAGCCACAGUGGACAAGGCUGAUCUCGACGAUAAAGUCGGUGAUUCCCUGUUCCUCUAUGUACAAGACGAGAUGUUGAACCCUGACCCCUGCCAGAGACCCACCCCCUCACAAGUGGCCAAUAAAGCGUGGAUGAGGAAUCAAGGCAGUCAAGCAUUUGAAUUCCUGAGUCACCUCACACUCAAGAGCCCGCCAGAAAAGAACCAGUUCUUUGCAGCCCUACCAGCUACUCUGUUCUCCCUACCCCCACUCUUUGUGGCCGAACACCUCGUGCCGUUACUAGUGACCCCUCUAGUACUGGGAGAGCAAGGAGCUAGGAAUGGUGUGUGGAAGCACUUACUGAGUCCUGUGACUGAUACUAGCCCACGACCCAAGGUAUUCAACAGAGACAGGAUCUGCCCCAUACUACCAGAGGACUUGUUUCUCGAUCACGUCCUCCCUCUGGUGCUCAACUUCUUUGAGUCACGAGAGCUUCACGUGAGGACAGUGCUACUGGAGAACCUCAGUUGCUUUGCAUCCGUCUGCUCACAAGAUGAGCUCAUGGAGUCAAUACUGCCAGAGGUAUUACUGGGGCUGAAGGAUCAUCGUGUGGAGGUGGUGCAGGCCACACUGCAUGCCCUGGGGGACCUGGUCCCUAUGGUGGGUACGGAGGCAGUACUCGGACGCAGUAGUGAUCAACUCUUCACUGAUUCUAAGCCCAGGAAUGCUCCCCUAUCAGUGGGAUCUGUCUCACUGCCUCAAAAUGUCGCUCCGUCAAUAGCUCGUGGGUCAAGGGAGGAGAGGCAGCAAAAAAUGAAACUAAAGAAAGAGCAGUUGAGACGACAGAGACAAAGUCAACCCAAACUAGGUGGUAAGCUAGCUGGAAAAGCUCACGAUUCAGAUACACCAGACGAGACCACGCCCACUGCCCCACCCUCUGUGGAGGAUCAUAACUCACAAUAUUCUCCAAGUAUCAGUCAUGACGAGGAGGUACCAAAUGACGAAGUAGACGAUUGGGAAGCAUCAACCAACAAGCCAAACGAUUGGUUGCCUGAUCAAGACAAUGGUCGCAAAGAACAAGACGAAGACAGCGAAGAAUGGGAGGACUUUGGAGACGAUAGUGGAGCUAGCGUGGGCGGUGAUAGUGUGAGGAGUGGAGCUAGCGUGGGCGGUGUGUGGGGUGACAGUGUGAAGAGUGAAGCCAACAACCCAGCCCCCCCUCCAAGAACUACCUCAAACAGUGGACGUAUGAAACUGAAGCGUACUGGGUCAAACACCUCAAGUACACAAGUGUCAGUAGCGUCCUCUGACCUGAGGUCUCCCACUAGUGGGCUGUCUGGUAGUUCUGAGGGAGGGAGGUCCCCCCAGGUGUUGUCUAGAGAAUCCUCCGCUGGGUUUAGGAAUGCCAUGAAGGGACGACUGAGUGAGACUGACCUGGCCAGACUGGAGGCUAAGAGGAUCUAUUCUGUAAAGGAGCCUGAUUUCUUUGCAGACAUGGUGCCCACCUUGGCCAACUCAACACAGCACACAGGAGAUGAGUCCUCCUCUAAUGUAGGGGCCCCACUAGGCAGCAGGAGCUCUACACACAGUGAGGAGCCAGUCACACCUGGCCUCACGUCAGCAUUGCAGUACCAGCCUCAGAACGAGGAGGGACAAGGUUGGGGGGAGGAGGACUGGAGCGAAUUCUGAUAACAAUAUCUACAUGCAUGCCACAUGCAUGCAAUUCAAACUGUUCUAUUUAUGUAAAUCUUUUUGUAAUUCAAUUCACUACCUGUUGUAUAUAUACAAUAUUACAAUUCA